AUGAAGUCUUCGCAAACAUGCCCUCGCAAAUAUCGAGGUGUUGAUUCUCUAAACGGCCCCUCUACGGCGGAAGGAAAGGGGGGAAAGUUUGCAGAGCAGCCGAAAAUUUCAAGUGCCAGAUUCCAAAUAGACGAUGAACGAAAAAAAACAGACGUCACCACCGAGGCGCAGUAUCUACGUGAACCUCCGGCCGGCGAGAAUCUCUUAGAGGCCGUCCUGGUUCUUCCUGAAAGGCAUAUGCUUCUUCGAGAAUUGUCUGAGUCCUCUUCAUUCGAUACUAUAAAGACAGAGAAAGGCGUCUGGAUCAAACACGACAAACGAAACGUCCUUCAUAUUUAUAGCCGUACAAUGUGGAGCCUGCAAGAGGGAUUCAAGGCAGUCAAUUGGGCUCUUCAUGAUAUGCGUCUGGCACAACAGAACGUGGCAACUCUAUUCUUGGUCCAGAAGCCUAUGGAUGCUGGCACAGACACUUUAAUUACCGUGGAUUUGGAUGCUCGUCCCCGAGUAGGACAACGUCAAAAGACAAUGAUCGGGACCGCAGAGGUGGCUACCGAUGUCCUAAGGCAGCUCGGUACAAGUUUUUUGUCUUCUACGACUACGCUCCAGACCAUCAAACGCUCGCUUCGUAUGCAUGUAGACUUUGGCCAUGUCAUCAUUCGACGCCGGAAGAGAGGCAUAGGGAACGCCAUGUCGUACUCCGAUUUCACAGAGAUGGCUCUGCAGUAUGGAGCCAAGGGCGGAGCUGAGCUAAAUACGAGGGUAGCAGAAGUUGGCUAUGUAUCAAAGCUGGUCGCACACCUGCUGGACCCACAAACGAAUGUCUCCCGUGAAGUCGAAAAUAUUACUUACAAGGACAGCAUCCAUAUGAGAAUAGGAGAUCAAAUCUUCACAGGAGACGUCGGAUAUACGCAAGGUCGACAGCCGAACUUGACAAAUUCUCGUUUGGUUGUAUCAGAAGAGUGGCCACCUCUUAGGUGGAUCAUAGUAGCUCCGGACAGGAAAUACGACUGGGCUCUCCAGGUAGACAGCGACUUGCUAGUUCAGCCCAUACCUGAGCUUAUCGAAUGUUUGCUUAAGGACAUUGUGGUCUGCAUCGAAGGACCACCAAAGAAUCCCGCAGACCUCGAGCACAGGUGUGUCAAUAUCAAUGUCAAGAAUCCCGACAAGUGGAUUGGCAAGUUGAGCGAGAUACGUACAAAGUCGUCAGCUCUGAUACCCUUUCGCGAUACGCCAUUUGUGGUAGAAAUAAGCAGGAAUUUCGCAUGGAGAGACGUGAAUACAAAAGAAGCUCUUCAUUCAUGGACUGGAAUCCAAAUACUUGGUCGUCACUGGGAGGACAGCCUCAAUUACAAAAAUAUGCAUGAAUCGAAGAAGGACUGGGGACCUCACCAGUCUCAUAUCUGGGCAGGCUCAGGAGAGACCGCAGAGGACCAAUUCGCAGGUUUUGUUUGUCAUGUUUUAGAGAUAUUGUCUGCCUUGGAAGUGUCAAACGUUGAUGAUACGGCAACGUAG